AUGGCGAAGGAAUACGAUUAUCUGCUGAAGGUACUCCUUGUCGGUGAUAGUGACGUUGGCAAGCAGGAGAUUCUUUCUGGGCUAGACGAUGGCUCCACGGAAAGCCCAUUCUGCAGCGGAAGUGGCACGGCACAUAAAACGACCACUAUCCUGCUGGAUGGUAAACGCGUGAAGCUACAGAUAUGGGACACAUCCGGUCAGGGACGGUUCUGUACAAUCAUUCGCUCCUAUUCCCGUGGCGCUCAGGGCAUUAUACUCGUGUACGACAUCACGAACAAGUGGAGCUUCGACGGACUGAACCGGUGGCUAAAGGAGGUCGAAGAACACGCACCGGGUGUACCGAAGGUGCUGGUCGGGAACCGGUUACAUCUCGCCUUCAAGCGACAGGUCGCCGCGAAACAGGCGGAACUGUACGCAUCGCGCAACAAGAUGGCCUGCUUCGAGAUAUCACCCCUGUGCGAUUUCAACAUACGCGAAUCGUUCUGCGAGCUCGCCCGGAUGGCGUUGCAUCGCAACGGGAUGGAGCGGAUCUGGCGCACGAACAAAGUACUUUCGUUGCAGGAGCUGUGCUGCAGGAGUAUCUGCCGGCGGACGAAUGUAUAUACCAUCGAUAGCCUUCCGCUGCCACCGUCCGUAAAGUCGUAUCUGCGAUCGUACGCGCUCACCUCGUCCCAGUGCUUGAACACGGUGCUGAACAAUUCCGCGUCGAUCGCGAAGAAUCUCAAAAGCAAAUCCACCACCACAUACCAUCUGAAGCAUAACGUCCGUAACGGGUGCGUAAUUUCUUGA